AUGUCGGAUUGGUAUUGGCGGGUGAUAGCCUUAAAGGCUGCCUUUGCGCUUACUUGUUUAGUUUCGUAUCUUCGUGCUGAUGUUACGAUACAGAAAUUACCGUUUUGUAAUCCCCACAACACAAACGAUGCAACUAAUGAUCUUGUAAUAGUCAGCACUCUUGAUGGAAAGCUGUCUGCUUUUUCUACCCUAAAUGGAAUCAAAGCUUGGGAUGUUGAGACUCAACCAUUGUUAUCAUCAAAUCUUCAUCAUGUAGAGUUGACAGCAGGGGGAAAAUGGGUACGUUUGGUACCCUCUUUACGUGGCACCCUAUACAGCCUCAGUGGGGACACCAUCGAACCUUUGCCAUUUGACGCAGAUCAGCUGCUUUCAUCGUCCUUCAAAUAUUCAGAUGAUUUAGUAAUAGCGGGCGCUCGGGAGACAUUAUGGCUAGGCAUAGAUGCACAUUCCGGUGCUGUUAUAUACGAAUGCGGUUCCGCAGGCUGCAACACCGAGGAGCAAACCGCCGGCGUCGGUCGCGAUGUGCUCGUGCUGCGCCGACACUCUAGCACCGUGCGAGCAUUAGAGCCGCGCUCCGGUAGCGAGAAAUGGAACUUCAGCGUAGCAGAACAUCAACUCGCUAUAAGUCGUCGGGAGUGUGUUGGCGCCAGUGCUCCACCUAUUCCUGUCUCCGUGGCGGUGGAAAUGCCCGAAGGCGUGAUUGCGGUUCGAACCCCGGGCGCUAAGAUGCCGUUGUGGCAACAAAAACUUGAGGCUCCUGUAGCAGGCAUGUGGAGAUUACAAGGAGGGUCACUACAGCACAUGGACGUGUUGUGGGAAGCUGCGCAGGCGCUGGCCGGUGUCGAACCUUCACCUCCCUCUUUAUACGUCGGAGUGCACGAUCGACAGUUAUAUAUCCAGGAAAGCAUCAUCUACACACAGAAACUAGAAACGUCGGUGGCAACAAAGCCAGUCCCAUGGAAGCUGAAGCACUCGAUGCCUCUGAUUAGCGAGAGUAACACGGCCCUGGCAUUACAAGAUGUUGAUCCCAACACCCUAUCACUCGUUACACUUUACAGAAAUCCAGGACAGACAGGCAACCACGGUUUCUUCCUCUACUUACAAGAGACAUGCGACCAAGCGGUACAAGUGUCUGAGAAAUCGCUCGACGGGCCCGAGAUUGUGCCACCGAACAGCAGUGAUGAUCAAUUUGAUCACCACCAUGUCCACGUGCACGUGUACUCGCUUUGGUUCUGGUGGAAGGAGGUGCUGCUCAUAGCGAUAAGUUCGGCCCUGCUGAUGAAUCUGAUGAUCUGGCCAAGGUUCUUUGCUCCGAAAAUCCGACCGCCCACCCCGCUACCAAUGAACCAAGAGUACAUUGUGGUGGAGAGGCAUUACGAAAGGCCGCCCUCUAAUAAUAACAGCACGGAAUAUUCUGGAAGAUACGAGAACGAUUUCACUCCGCUGAGGUGUUUGGGACAAGGAGGCUUCGGAGUAGUGUUUGAGGCGAGGAAUAACAUCGAUCAUUGUUCCUAUGCAGUAAAAAGAAUUACUCUACCUAGAAGGCAGUCAAAACGAGAACGGGUACUCCGGGAAGUUCGUGCCCUUGCGAAGCUAGAGCACGAAAACAUCGUGCGGUACUUCAACGCCUGGCUCGAGGAACCCCCGCCUAAUUGGCAGGAGCAACGCGACGCCAUCUUGAUGCGGGAAUUGGAAGGCAUGUCGAUGGUCAAAAGUAACGACUACACCUCCCAGACGCCCAUCACGAACAAGUCGCCCCCUAAGGGAGAUAGCGUGAUGUUGGAUCUGCACAAACCCGUUGACGAUUGCAUCGACGCUUUGGACUACGAAAAGCAACUGAGAGAACCUAGAAGACUUAGGUCCCUCAGUUGUAACGACUCAUUCAGCAUAAUCUUCGAUGAGAACGCUUCGAAACACUCAGAAUUAUCAAAGAAACAAAAGGCCACAAACAGCUGCGACCUACCGCCAAAUGUCCUAUCCAAAGAUUUGCAAAGUUUGGACAAUGGAGGCUCAUCAAUUAUAUUCGCAAACUCGAAAUCACCAACGAAAAUAUGCAAUAGAAUCACCAACGAAAAUAUGCAACACACUCUGUCCAAAAACAAAGCCACUGAUGAUGAUGACUCAUUUAUUGUAUUCGAAAAUUUGGACAAAGAUUCGGGAUUGUCCGAAGCUAGACAGGACAUAUCUAACAAGAUAUUAGACAAAGUUAAAGAGUGUGAUGGAUAUGUAAAGACUGAAAGUUCCAAAAAUAGCAGGAAAAAGAAGGGUCACACUCGUCACUGGUCCUUGGACCUGUGCGUGAGAAGCGAAGAGGGCAGUGUGGGCGGUAGCAAGAUGUACCUGUACAUCCAGAUGCAGCUGUGUCGCCGCGACAGUCUACACGACUGGUUACGCCACAAUAGGACCUGGGACGCGAGGCGCCAGAAUGCAAACACGCUGUUCAGUCAGAUAGUGUCAGCGGUGGAAUAUGUCCACCUGGCGGGCCUCAUCCAUCGCGACCUGAAGCCGAGCAAUAUAUUCUUCGCGCCAGACGGCAAGGUGAAGGUGGGCGACUUCGGUCUCGUCACCGCCAUGGGAGAUAACUCUCAAGAUGGCGAAGCCACAGAGAUAAAUGUUUACGCGAGACAUACGUAUCAAGUUGGAACUCACCUGUACAUGUCCCCGGAGCAGCUAAUUGGAAGGCCUUACAGUUAUAAAGUGGACAUCUAUUCCCUGGGCUUAGUGCUGUUUGAGCUGUUGUAUCCGUUCGGCACCGAGUCGGAACGCGUGGCUUGUUUGCUGCGUCUACGGAAAGGUUGUUUCCCCCAAGCCUUCCUGCAAACGUAUCCUGCCGAAACUGAAGUAUUGAAAUUGAUGCUCAGUGAAGAUCCAUCUCAGAGACCCACAGCGAGCGGCGUUCGAGCUCGAGCACCUCUGUACCAGACCACAGAUGAGAAGUGGCAUUUUACGUUGCCUAAUUUAGCGGGAUGCUAG